GCCCGUUCUAUCCAGACACCUGGGCUGCACAGAGGUGUUAGUGACCUUUUCUGUACUAGGCCUAAGAAGUGUGGAGAAGCCAUUUGUCUCUGAGGAACAAAGUCUAACUUUUAAAGUGCCAUAAUUCGGGCUGUGGGGCUGGAGGGUGGAAGGCAGAAGCCCGGAUGGCACAGAAAGAACCUGAGAGCGGAGGAAAGCGACACCCUCCCCCGACAGUCACACUAGGGCUGCAAUCAGCGGAAACGUGAAAGACCAGACUCGGAGGAGAGACCUGGAAACCCUGCGGGUCUGCGCACUGGGGACGGAGCACUCAGACAUGGCGCGGGGAUCCCAGAACUGCUUCAAUCCCCGCUGAGGAGCUCGGCAUGUGCGCAGCCCAAAACGUCCCGUCCGAUCCCGCGUACGCAGAGCGCCCCGCUCCCUCAAGUCCGCGUCGCAGGCCGCGCUCUCCCGGAAAGCCGGGCGUGGCCGGCCUCACCCAGAGAACCGCAAGCCGGAAGUCCAAGUCCGGCCCUGCCUGAGACUCCGCGCGCGUGCGCUGCGCCUGCGCAGCCGCUGGGACUUGACUUGGCCGCGAGGAGGGGGCUAACGCCUGCGCAGGGAGGGCAGGUGCAAUGAUCGACUCCCCACUCCUGGAGCUGUGGUGGCCCGAGACCGUGUCCAUCCGGGAGGGGCUGGGCCUCGGGGACAAGGCCAAUGACUCCUACUGCUACAACUCUGCCCAAAACAGCACAGUGCUCCAGGGGGUCACCUUCGGAGGCAUCCCCACUGUCCUGCUCAUCGAUGUCUGCUGCUUCCUGUUGUUAAUCUUGGUGUUUUCCAUCAUAAGAAGAAGAUUCUGGGAUUAUGGCCGCAUUGCCCUGGUAUCAGAAGCAGACAGAUUACAGAGACUGUCAUCACCUUCCUCCUCAGGGAAACAAGACUUGGAAAAUGAACUGGGAUGCUGCCCCUGGCUGAUGGCCAUCUUCCGUCUACACGAUGACCAGAUCCGGGAGAGGUGUGGAGAGGAUGCCGUCCACUACCUGUCCUUCCAGAGGCACCUCAUCUUCCUGCUGGUGGCAGUCAGUGCCUUGUCCCUGUGUAUCAUCCUGCCCGUGAACCUCUCGGGAGACCUGCUGGACAAAGACCCCUACAGUUUUGGAAGGACCACCAUAGCAAACCUGGAGACCCACAAUGACCUGCUCUGGCUGCAUGCUGUCUUUGCCGUCAUCUACCUCUCCCUCACUGUGGGCUUCAUGCGGCACCACACGCAGUCCAUCAAGUACACAGAGGAGACCCUGCUCCUGUCCUGCAAAGGACGCUCAUUCAGUUGCUUUGGAGAUGGGUCCUUUAUAGCUGACAAGGACUCUGUUAGACGGACCCUGUUUAUCAGUGGGAUCCCUAGAGAUGCCAAGGAAGAGAACGUUGAGAGGCACUUCUGGGACGCGUAUCCGACAUGUGAGGUGGCUGACAUCCAGCUGUGCUACAAUGUGGCCAAGCUGAUCUACCUGUGCGAGGAGAGAAAGAAGACCGAGAAGAGCCUGGCCUACUACACGAGCCUGCAGGAGAGGACUGGCCAGCCGACCUUCGUCCACUCCAGGCCCUGUGGCCAGUUCUGCUGCUGUGAAGGGUGGGGUUGUGAGCAGGAGGACACCAUUGCCUACUACACCCGCCUGUACAACCAGCUGCUGACCAGGAUCACGGAGGAGGAGCGCCAGGUGCAGGGCCAGCCCCUGGGAAUGGCCUUCGUCACCCUUCGAGAGAAGUCUAUGGCCACCUACAUCCUGAAAGACUUCAGAGCCUGGAAGUGUCAGAGCCUUCAGUGCAAAGGGGAGCCCCAGCCAUCCUCCUACAGCAGAGAGCUGUGCGUCUCCAGGUGGAGGGUUACCUUGGCUGCUUACCCGGAGGACAUCUGCUGGAAGAACCUCUCUGUCCAGGGCCUCCGCUGGUGGCUGCAGUGGCUCAGCAUCAACUUCACCCUCUUCGUGGUGCUCUUCUUCCUAACCACACCCUCCAUCAUCCUGUCUACCAUGGACAAGUUCAAUGUCACCAAGCCCAUCCACGCGCUGAACGUGUGUCUUCCUGCCGGACCAGGGCGCCUUCUUCGUGAACUAUGUGAUCGCCUCAGCCUUCAUCGGCAGUGGCAUGGAGCUGCUGCGGCUGCCGGGCCUCAUCCUCUACACCUGCCGCAUGGUCAUGGCCAGGACAGCGGCUGAGCGCAGGAAUGUCGAGCAGAACCAGGCCUACGAGUUCGAGUUUGGAGCCAUGUACGCCUGGAUGCUCUGCGUCUUCACCGUCAUCAUGGCCUACAGCAUCACCUGCCCCAUUAUCGUGCCAUUCGGCCUCAUCUACAUCCUGCUCAAGCACAUGGUGGACCGGCACAACCUCUGCUUCGUCUAUCUCCCGGCCAAGCUGGAGAAGAGGCUGCACUUCUCUGCCGUGAGCCAGGCCCUGGCUGCACCCAUCCUCUGCCUCUUCUGGCUCUUCUUCUUCUCCUUCCUUCGCCUGGGUCUGCAGGCCCCUGCCACCCUGUUCACCCUCCUGGCCGUGCUGCUUACCAUCCUGGUCUGCCUGGCCCAUGCCUGCUUUGGCUGCUUCCGGCACCUCAGCCCUCUCCACUACCAGACAGAAGAAUCUGCAAGCCAGGAAGGGAGUGAGGCAGAAGCCCAGGAGCCUCCACCACUCACACCCUAUGUGCCCCGGAUCCUGAGUGGUCUGGCCUCGGAGAGAACAGCCCUGUCCCUGCAGCACCAGCAGAACUAUGGCACCAUCCACCACGUCAGCGGGACCCUCCUAGAGCAGGACACGGCCCAUAUCCCAGAGGACAGUGCCGUUCCCGCCUCCUCCACUCCAGGCUUCCUGUGAAGGCACUGUGUGCAGAGCAGGGGGCCCUCAGCCCUGUUGAGGGCUGGCCUGGCAGUAGGGCCACAGUGGAAGUGGACCCGCCUCAUUCCCCCAGAGUUCUGCCCCUGUGCUUCCAGCAUUGCGCUGGGAUGGUCCCCCAGUUCUGAAGCCAAGAUCUUGUGUUGGAAGUCUGUUUCCCAAAUUGAUCCCGAAGAUGAUGUUUGCCGUGGGGAGCAAUGAGACAAGGGGAAGAUUGGAUGUCCUGUCACAGCUAGGGAUCAGUGCCUGGCCAGUCCUCCCACGGCCUGUGUCCUAUCCCCGGAGGCUCUGUGGUGGGACUUGCGUCACCCUGCUGCAGGUAGAGAUGAUGAAGUCCGUUAAUAAAGUGCCUUUGGGUGAGGCCGG